UUACUUAUUUAGGUGUGCAGUUAAUAAGGUAGCCAGCAUGCAGUGCAUCUGGACCCUCUCCCUGCUUCAGCUAGUUGCCCUGUGGGCCAACGCAGCAGUGGUCACUGAAAAUGGCCUCCCCAUCCUCUGGGACCAGGCACCCAGCCAGCUGUUGGAACUGCCUCAGGUGGACAACGUGGUCACAAUCAACCCCUGGAACUACCUGCAGAGGAUGAGUCUGUAUAGGAUACUGGUAAGAUCUACAGACAAGUACAUGGCCUCCAUGGGAACGAAUGAGACUGACAGUCUGUUCUGGGGCCUGCCUCUGCAGAUGGGCUGGAAACUCAGAUCAGGGCGUCUGGUUGACCCUACUGGCACGACAACAUGUGGAAAGGAAGGAGAUCCCAUGUGCAUUUCCGCUAAUAGCUGGUGGGCCUGUGUGAACUACUACCUUUCAGUGAUCACGUUCCUGGCUGCUGUGCAGAAAGACGUGAUUGGAGGUGGUCUCAUUCAGGUCCAGGUACAGGAACCAGCUGAGGCAGCUGGAGACUACUGCACCUCCUACACAGACUGCUCUACUAAGUACCCAGACCUUAUGGCCAAGUGGGAAGAAUUCUUCCAGACUCUGAAAGACGUGAGUGCAUCUGAGAUUUCUGACUUUGAGAAAAGAGACCAGAUUCUGGGUGUCUAUUGGGCAGGUCAACAUCUCUCUUUGAAUACUGCCUCAAUCAGCUGCAAGGCAAAGAUGAGCUACUAUUCCAGCCCAGAGGUUUCAUUCGCCAAAAACUGGAUGAACUCUGCAGACUACGUAGCAGCAACAUACUUCCAGUCCAACCUGAAUAACUCUGUGCUGUUCAUGAGCCCUCUGCCAAGCAGGGUGCUUCAGGAGGGGGAUAGCGCCCCUAACAUAGCUGACCUCAGCAAGGAGGAGAACCACACCCUCUAUAUCUUUGGCUGGAUGACCAGAAUGAACAGGAUUCUGAUGGGUUCUCUGGUGAGGAUGUGGCGCUCGGCCAUGUGCUCUGACAAGGCUCGGGAGAAGGGCCGGGAGCUCCUACAGGAUCUGGUCCAUGACCCUAAGUUUGCUGCUUCCACCUUCGUCUCCAUUCUCAAAGAGAUGACACGCAGCUGCUGAGGAUUCAGCAAAUCAGUCCGACACUCCAACUAGCUCAGUUUCAACCUGUCCCAAAUUUAGCAUCAGAUGCCAUUCAUAAUGAUUCAUUGUUAAAUGUUUCUGAAUACAUUUCACACAGUAGUAUUUACACAUCCUGUGUUUUUGUAAUAAUACAUUUUCCACAGUAGGCAAAUGUCCUUGUUGAUUAAUGUACAAACAAUUUAUUUCUUGUAUCAUGAAUAUAAUAACACAUUUAAAUGGAAGAGUGGCUCAGUAUAAAGAGCAUAAUAGUACAUAUCAACACAUUUUGUUUGAAAUAUGAACAUUACAGUGCCUUCAGAAAGUAUUCACACCACUUGACUUUUUCCACAGCCGGAAUUUAAAAUGAAUUAAAUGUAUUAAAAAAAUUCACUGGCCUACACACAACACCCCAUAAUGUCAAAGUGGAAUCAUGCUUUUAGACAUUUUUACAAAAGUAAUAAGUAUUCAACCCCUUUGUUAUGGCAAGCCUAAAUAAGUUCAGGAAUAAACAUUUGCUUAACAAGUCAGAUAAUAAGUUACAUGGACUCACUAUGUGUGCAAUAAUAGUGUUUAACAUGAUUUUUGAAUGACUACCUCAUCUCUGUACCCCACACAUACAAUUAUCUGUAAGGUCCCUCAGUCGAGCAGUGAAUUUCAAACACAGAUUCAACCACAAAGACCGGGGAGGUUUUUCAAUGCCAAGAAGACAGUGAAUGUUCCAUGGCCAAGUUACAGUUUCAAUUUAAAUCUGCUUGAAAAUCUAUGGCAAGACCUGCAAAUGGUUGUCUAGCAAUUAUCAACAACCAAUUUCACAGAGCUUGAAGUAUUUUGAAAAGAAUAAUGGGAAAAUGUUGCACAAUCCAUGUGUGGAAAGCUCUUAGACUUAACCAGAAAGGUGAUUCUAACAUGUAUUGACUCAGGGGGUUGAAUACUUAUCUAAUCAAGAAAUAUUAGUGUUUUAUUUAUCAUAAUCUUUUACAAAUGUUAGAAUUGAGUAUUUUGUGUAGAUCGCUGACAAAAAAGUGACAAUGAAAUGCAUUUUAACACCACUUUGUAACACAACAAAAUGUGGAAAAAGAGUGAAUACUUUCUGAAGACACUGUACAGUAUAUCUCACAUGCCAACAUUUGUAUUGAUCUUUACACUUAAACAAUAUGGGGGUAAACUUUGAGCUUGGGUUAGAUAUGUAUUAGAUAGUCAUUAAAACCAAUCAUUCCCUUCUAUACUAAACCUGUUUUGCAGUCUGCAUGGCAUAUGUGUUUUCUGAUUUCUUCUUGUCUAUUCUGUGAAUACUUUGGUCAUUAAAUUUUCUCCUGAUGCUGUCAA